AUGAUAAAAAGAUUCAAGAAAAAGGGGCAAGUCACGAUUCGUGGUCAAAAUAUCAGCCAAGCUGCGGCAGAACGCAUUCGGGUUGCUUCUUUUAAUGUUGCUAUGUUCUCCCUUGCCCCUGCAGUUGGUAGAUCAGAUGGAAAUUGGGUUGAUGGUGUUCGUGGACAUGAAAAUGGUGGACCAAAGAGCAUAUUGAAGAAUUCUCCACUGCAUUCGAGCAUGAUUGUUAAUGAAAAUCUUGCUAAGAGAGUGUCGAUAAAUCUUCCAGAAAAUGAAAUAUCUAUGGCCCAGAAUCAUCGGAUCCUGAGAAGCCCGAUUUGCUUCCCGUUAAUUGGGUGGAUGGAGGAAGGGAGUAGAAGCAUUCUUGAUGUACUAAGAGAAGUUGAUGCUGAUGUAUUGGCUUUGCAGGAUGUGAAGGCUGAAGAAGAAAAAGAAAUGAAACCGUUAUCAGAUCUGGCUUUCGCUCUGGGGAUGAAUUUCGCGUUUGCAGAAAGCUGGGCUCCCGAGUAUGGGAACGCCAUUCUGUCAAAAUGGCCGAUCAAGAGAUCAAAGGUUCAAAAAAUAUAUGACGAGCAAGAUUUCAGGAACGUGCUUAAAGCCACAAUUGAAGUCCCACGGAUGGGUGAAAUCAACUUUUACUGCACACAACUUGAUCACCUCGACGAGAAUUGGAGGAUGAAACAGAUCAAUGCUAUCAUCAAAUCAAGCGAUCACCCCCAUGUUUUGGCAGGUGGCAUCAAUUCACUUAGCGAGUCAGACUACUCAUUUGAUAGGUGGACAAACAUCGUUAAGUAUUAUGAAGAGUUGGGGAAACCGACACCAAGAACAGACGUCAUGAGUUUUCUACACGAAAACAAGUACAUCGAUGCAAAACAUUUUGCGGGCGACUGUGAACCAGCUGUGAUCAUCAGUAAAGGCCAAAGUGUACAAGGCACAUGCAAGUACGGUACACGAGUAGAUUAUAUUUUGACAUCUAAGGGGCUGCAAUAUCAAUUUGUGCCUGGAUCUUACUCGGUAGUAUCCUCCAAAGGCACAUCUGAUCACCAUAUCGUUAAGGUCGAUUUAGUAAAACUCGAGGAUGGUCACCAUGACACAAAGCGAAGAAAGAAGAUGACACAAAACGUUAUCAAAUUAGCAUAUGACGGUGCGUGCUGCAGAUAUACAUAAGUCAUCUAAUGUAUGAUAUUCGAUACAAAACUCGUAACAAAUUGUCAGAAGAGAUGUAUGAACAACUAGCUAGCGAUAUUUUCGCGAUGGGGUAAAUCGCUGGAACAGGUUAUGCAAGAACUAGUUAUAGCUUUGUAACUGGUGGACUGGUGGUUUCUAUAUAUAUUUGUAUCUGAUUAUUUUUUUGGUAUAUAUAAUGAUUAUUU